CAAUACAAUUGCUAAGAAACCUACAACAUACGUUAGCAACUCUGGAUAAAGCUCUAUUGGAAAUAUCCUUUAGAUAUAUUCCACUGGUGACUUUCUGUGAAGGUGCUCUGACAAUUUCAAAUAAACUAGACACAAGUAGCUGCGAAAGGAUUUCUGUUGCUCUUAUUUUUAGCUUUAUUGAAAAUUUAAUAAUCUUCCAAUCAAACAAAGUGCAGGGUAAAAAAUGAAACAAUAAAACAACAAAAAUACAAAAGAUAAAAUAUUUUUUUUUGUGAUUAAACAAUCAGCUGAAAGAGUUCGCUAGAAGAAAAGAAACUAGUCAUGUAGAAGAAAAUUAAUACAAAUUUAACACAUGUAAAUAAUUAACUCGGAUAGUUGAAUUAUAUCUAGCUUUAGAAGGAAUAAUUUAGAAAAUUUGGAUUCAAGUGAAAACCUAAAGAUGACGGGCAAUAGGAGUAAUGCAACAGUAGUUGGAAAUUCUACAAAUAAUCCGUACGAGUUCUACCAGGCUGAACAAUUGAUAUUUUUGUGCAUACUGUUUGCAAUGAUAGUGAUUGGGAACACCUUGGUUCUUACCGCAAUUAUAACGUCUGGAAAGAGACGUUCCAGAAUGAACUUUUUUAUCAUCAAUCUCGCAUGUGCAGACCUGUCUGUCGGAUGUCUAAUGGUACUGACAGAUAUUAUAUGGAAAGCGACGAUAACUUGGCAUGCAGGAAAUAUCGGCUGCAAGGUUGUUAGAUUUGCUCAGUGCGCAGCAACAUACGGUGCGACAUACUCAUUGGUUGCUUUAUCAAUUGACAGAUUCGAUGCUAUUGCCAGGCCAAUGAGUAUGGGAGGAGUAGCCAAAAGAUGUCGAAUACUUGUCACUUUAGCUUGGAUGUUUGCCGGACUAUUUUCGUUGCCUAUGCUCUAUAUGUACGAAGAGAUGAUCGUUGACCGUAUACCACAGUGCUGGAUAGAUCUACAGGAUCCCUGGAAGUGGCGGCUUUACAUGACGCUGGUAUCCUUUGCUGUGUUUAUCAUUCCGGCUAUAAUCAUUGCGAGCUGCUACAUUAUUAUCGUUGUCAUCAUCUGGAGCAAGUCAUCCAUGAAAUUUAAGUCAUCUUCCGAGAAUGGAUGUAACGAGAAGACAAGAUGUUUGUCACAAAACGGCUCCAUUACUGUACGAUUUACCAGUACUUCGAAGACAAAGACGCAGUGUAUGAGUGCUUCCAGUUCAAGAGGUGUAAUACCGAAGGCUAAAAUAAAAACAAUCAAAAUGACGUUUGUUAUAGUUUUAGCUUUCAUCUUCUGUUGGUCACCUUACUUCAUAUGGGACUUAUUGUCAGUAUAUGGACAUAUCCCGAUGUCACAGCAAAUGAUUGCCAUUAGUACUUUUUUACAGAGCCUAGCGCCUUUGAAUUCCGCUGCAAAUCCCCUGAUAUACACGUUAUUCAACACAGCUAUGUGCACGAGGAUUUUUAAGAAACAUUCCAAUUGUAAUUCUCCUCCACCUUCACAUGGUAUCACUGGAACUUUUUGACAUUUAUUAAGUUUGAAUAAUAUCAAACGCGGAGAAAUUUAAUUGUAAAUGAAACUUUUGCGUUUUAAAAGACAAUCGCUAAUUUUAGUAUAUUUUUAUCAAACUUCAAAGUUACAGAAAGGGAAAAACUGUUUAUAUUUUGUUUAUGUUUUUUCAUUAUACAAUUAUUUUUGCUCGAAUAAGAUCAGUUGCACCUCGUCUGCGAGAGGUGUUGUAUAAACUUUUACACGUCACGAGCCGUUACAAAAGUGCUCCAAACUCAGUGCUUAAUUAUUGCUUGUAUCUUACAUAAUUAUUUAUUCGCUUGUAUUCAGUCACUCUCCAAUAAUUGGAAAAUGUGCUAAAACGAUCAAAAGUAUUUGGUGCGCAAUUUGCAUAAAGGCUGCCUAGAGAAUACGAGUCCAGGAAUACGAUAUUUAACAUUGUGAUGAGAGCCAUUAUACUACAAGAGCUUUUCCGUUUAGUUAUUUGUACAAGUGUUCAAUAAAUUCUAAAAUCUUGAAAAAUA